UCUGGCUCGGUGACGCCACCAGCGGGCGCCAAACGCGCUGUUGUUGCUGUAGUCCGGAGCGUGUGAAAGACAGAAGGUUUGGCCAUGGCUCUGGCAGGAGUGCGUGUGAUUGAGCUGGCCGGACUCGCUCCUGCUCCGUUCUGUGGAAUGAUCCUGUCAGACUUCGGUGCAAAGGUGAUUCGUGUGGACCGGACGAAGGUCGCGAUGGCAGUAGAUACUCUCGCAAGAGGAAAACAGUCUGUAGCCCUGAACCUGAAGAACCCUGAGGGUUUAGCAGUGCUGAAAAGACUGUGCCUUCAGUCAGACGUGGUUCUUGAACCCUUUCGGAAAGGAGUGAUGGAGAAGCUGGGUUUAGGUCCUGAGGAGCUGCUGAAGGAGAAUCCUCGGCUGAUUUAUGCUCGGCUCACUGGAUACGGACAGAGCGGCUCAUACGCCAAAGCUGCUGGACACGAUAUCAACUACCUGGCCAUGUCAGGACUGCUGUCCAUGUUGGGGCGCAGCUCGGACAAGCCCUAUGCUCCGCUGAACCUGGUGGCUGAUUUCGCAGGUGGAGGGCUGACGUGUGCUCUGGGGAUUGUUCUGGCCCUGCUGGAGAGGAGCAAAUCAGGCCAGGGACAGAUCAUCGAUGCCAGCAUGGUGGAGGGUGCAGCGUAUGUGGGCUCUUUUAUGUGGAAGUCGCGCAGCAUUGGCCUGUGGAACCGACCCCGCGGGGAGAACAUGCUGGACAGCGGCGCUCCGUUCUACGACACGUACCGCACCGCUGAUGGGAAAUACAUGGCAGUGGGAGCCAUCGAACCUCAAUUUUACGAUCAAUUCAUUCAAGGGCUGGGAUUGGACGCGGCUGAUCUUCCAGCGCAGAUGAGCGUCUCUGAUUGGCCGCAGCUGAAGCAGACGUUCACGCGGGAGUUUGCUAAGCGGACGCAGGCGGAGUGGAGCCGGGUUUUUGACGGGACGGACGCCUGCGUUACCCCGGUCCUCUCUCUGGAGGAAGUGGCUUCUCAUCCUCACAACCAGGAGAGGGGCUCCUUCCUCAGGAACACCCAGGGCGAGCUCAGCCCCCGUCCCGCGCCCGUCCUGUCCCGCGCCCCUGCUGAGCCCCGCCUGUCCCGGGACCCCUUCAUCGGGGAGCACACUCGCGCCGUGCUGAGAGAGUUCGGCUUUCAGGAGGAUCAGAUCGAGAAGCUGCUGAUUGGAGGAGCUGUGGAGUGCAAUGAAGCCAAGGCACGAUUAUAGGCUGAAGAGCUGGUCGAUAUGACUAAUGACUAACGAUACUAUACGAAAUUUGAUAUGACACAAUAAGAUUUUUUUAUAAUAAACUUUAGAGCAAAUCAUUUUCAAAAAACAUUUAUUUUCAGUCAGUAAUACAUAAAGAAAACCCCAUAUUUUCUAUGCAGGUGAACAUAUUUAACCCCUUAAAACACCUUGUCCCCUUAAAACUCUAGUAACUGGAACUGGAAAAAUCUGCUUUUAGCUACAGAGCAGCAUCAAGAAGCGGGAGUUCUCUACAGGAAACACUAAAACUCUAAAACUCAGCUCGCUGGUGUCACUAAAUCAUUUUAAACUUUUAAUAUCUAACCACCAUCAGACAGCCUGUAUGUUUUAGUUGAGUUUCUUUUGAGUUCUUUUACCUUGUUAUUUAUUUUAAUGCUUUUGUCUUUUUAUUUGUCUAAUUGUAUGUCCCCUUAUUUUCAGUGUAGCUGGACAUUUAGAGAGCAGUUAAAAAGAAUUUAACAUAAAAAGGCAAAUAAGUUGACAAGCUAAAAUUUAAAGCAGCCAAAUAAAAAGACAAAACCAAAAAGAAGUACUAAAUAUAAAUAAAUAAAAUAAAAGUUAAAAAUAAUGUUUUACUACAUAAACAAAAUAAAAGUAAAUGCAAAAGCAUUUAGAGCAAACAGACAGUUAAAAUGUAAUCAAGAAGAGACGCAAAUAAGUUCACAAGCUAAAAUCUUAACAAGAAGCAGAAGAAGUAAAAUAAAAGGUAAAACAGACACUAAAAGAAAUAAAUAUAAAGGACAAAUAAUAAUAAUAAUAAUAAUAAUACACAAAAGUAAAUAGCAUAAGCUUUAAAAACCUAACAAACAGUUAAGAAGAGGUUAAAAAAAAAACAUUAGUGCAACUAAAAGCAAUAAAGGCAAAUAAAAAGAUGAAUAACAAGUCAAAUGAAAAGAUAGUAACAAGUAUAAGUAAAAUAAAAAUGAAACAAAGGUCAAAAGACUAAAUUUAAAUAACAGAAAGUAAUAAAUAAAAAGGUAAAAGAAAAAGAUUUAGGGUUGAUAAAUGAUGAGAGCAAGUCCAAUUGUGCUCUCUCAGGGCUCUGGCAGCUGAUGGCAAGCUGCAUGACCGGGAUUUGAACCAGCGAUCUCCCAAACACGUCACAACAGUGUAUUGCUAUAUUUCCAUUUCUAAUGGCAAAAGCAUUGAAAGCAAACAAACAGUUAAAAUAUAAUAAAAAAUUAAGAAGAGGUAAAAAAAAAAAAUCAAAUAUAACUAAACGUAAGCAGUUCAAAGAAUCAAACAUAAAAGGUAAAUAAGUUGACGAGAAGAAGUAAAAUAAAAAUAAGGAUAAACGAGAAACUAAAAGAAAGAAAGAAAUAUAAAUAAAUAUUAAUAAAUAAUAAAUAAAGAAAUAAUAAAUAAUGUAAAUAUUGAAAGCUUUUAAAAAACAAACAAACAGUUAAAAUGUAAUUAAGAAGAGGUUAAAAAUUUAUACAACUUAAAGAAAUAAAGGCAAAUAAGUUGACAAGCUAAAAUUUUAAAAAGUCAAAUGAAAAGAUAGUAACAAGUAUGAGUAAAAUAUAAAUGAAUUAAAGGGCAAAAGACUAAAUUUAAAACAGAAAAUAAACGAAAGUAAUAAAUAAAAAGCUGCAUGACCUGGAUUUGAACCAGCGAUCUCCCCAACACAGUGGCAGCUAGACCACUGUUUAAUGCCCCCCAUAUUUCACAACAGUUUAUUGCCAUAUUGCCAUUUUUAAUAGCCUAUGUUUUUAAUAGAAUAGUUUUAAAUAUAUGCAAUAUAUAUUUACAGUAUAUUGCCCAGCUGUAGCAAAGUUGGUCUGUGUGAGAGUCUGGUUACUGGAGUCUGUGGUGAAAGAUGUGAAAGCUGUGGUGAAAAUCAUCUUCUCGCCUUGAUACCCGUUGCCUUAAUUCGUGAAGCAUCAUUUGAAAAGCGUUCAGGCUGAAAAUAACUCCGCUUUGAUCUACAGGCUGUAAAAUUUAGUCCGUGAGAAGCUGAAAGCGACAGGUCACGCUCUCGCGCGGUGUGACUCACUUAAAUCCUAAUCACUGUCCACUUCUUACCUGCUCUCGCGUCAUCACGCCCCGAGGAAAUCGAGUGUUUUAACUCGGUGUGACCAGAGAUAAAUGGUGUUUAACACUGUUCUGCUCAAUAAAACAGUGGAACAGGAAGGAAGUCAGGGCUUCUUAACAUGUUUUCACUGUGUGACCCCUUCUUAGAACCAUUUCAAUUCCUAAAAAUAAGAAAUUAAUAAUUAGAUGCACAUAAUUAAGACAUUUGCUCAAAUGAAAUGAUGAUUGGUCCACACUCAGGUGAAAAUACAGUUAAAAAUAGUCUACUGUGAAUAUUCUGGCUGGGUAUCGAAAUUCGAUACUAGAAAUGCACUGAAAUGUCUCUCUACUACAGAGAACACAAAUCUCUAAAAAAAUCUAUACCCAUUUUUAAAACUUUGAGUAAACAGGCAAAGUGCAGAAAGCUAGCGCACAGCUAAGUAAACAAAACCGCGACAGCACCCUGACGCACUCGCAAGCGGACAGCGUGCACAGAAACACAGAUAUUUCAAAUUGUGGACACACCGCCGCAAAAAUAUCUCACUUGAACUGUUUCUCACUUGCAAUAUCUCUCGCUUACAGACUUGUGCUCUCUCGCCUUCACUCGCGCUGUUUCUCUCGCUCUCUCAUUUGAACUGUCUCACGCUCUCGCUCACUCACUGUUUCUCACUUGCAAUAUCUCUCGCUUACUCACUUGUGCUCUCUCGCCUUCACUCGCGCUGUUUCUCUCGCUGUCUCACGCUCUCGCUCACAGUUUCAUACUAGCGAUCUCUUUUGCUUGCUCAUUUGUGCUCUCUCGCCUUCACUCGUGCUGUUUCUCUCGCUCUCUCACUUGAACUGUCUCACGCUCUCGCUCACUCACUGUUUCUCACUUGCGAUAUCUCUCGCUUGCUCACUUGUGCUCUCUCGCUCACUCACUCGCGCUGUUUCUCUCGCUCUCACACUUGAACUGUCUCACGCUUUCGCUCACUCACUGUUUCUCACUUGCGAUAUCUCUCGCUUGCUCACUUGUGCUCUCUUGCUCUCUCAGUAGGAAACAGUACUCACCGCUCUCUGACUUCAUCUGUAAUUUCUCUAAAAAAAGACUUUUAUCAGGAACUGCCACCUUAAAUCGUUCUAAAGGGUUCUUCAUUAAAGGCUGCAAAAUUGUUCUACUGCCUAAAGCUGAAUAAUAAUAGUAAUAAGGGUUCUAUAGUUUUAGUUCUAUUGUUAAUUCUAUUGUUUUAUCAUAAUUGUAUUAUUCUUGACCUAACUUUCUGCUCAGGCAGGCUGGUUUAAGGAGCUUUAAUUCAAUUCAAUUCAAUUCAAUUUUAUUUAUAUAGCGCUUUUUACAACAAAGGUUGUCACAAAGCCGCUUUACAGGAAAAACAGGUCCACGCCUCUUAUGAGCAGCACCACAGAGAUGCCGAUUUUAUGGUGACACAGUGGCAAGGAAAAACUCCCUUUAAGAGGAAGAAACCUUGGAAGGAACCAAGACUCAGUCCGAGGAACCCAUCCUACUCGGGUCGACCCGCUCAGUACAAACAAACAACAAACAACAAACAAAUAACAGAACAAAACAGUACAGAGAAUUAAUGUGAACUAUGGCUAAUAUAACAGGUACUAAUUUAUGAAUAUAAGAAUGUGAUGGGCACAAACUAUAGAGCUAUGGCUAAUACAGAAACAGAUACUGAGUGUGUUAAUGGUAAUCAGUGCAGGGUUGCAGAGCCGGAGAACAACACAGCGGGCAGUGGAGAGCCAGGCUGGAACAUCAGGAACAGCAUCUCCAUACAUGUAAAAGAGAUAGAUAGAGAAAACAGAAAGGAAAGGAAGAGAAAAAAAAAAGCAGAAGUUAGAAGGGCUGUGUAAUAAUUCUGAUGAGUAGAAGGACAGGGCUGAUUCCUGAAAGCUGGAACCACAGACGGACACAUCCAGGAAGACCGGCCGGCCAGGCGUCUCAGCACGUGAGAAAGACAGAGAGAGAGAACAGAGAGGGGAGGGAAGAGAAAGGGGUUAGAAUGGUUUUAUAAAACUCUUUACAUGAGAUUAAAAUUCAACACAGCUGAUUUUAAACCUCACACACAUGUGGAUAUAAGGGAUUGUGAUAAUUCUGCUUUGCCUGUCAGAAAUACAUACAGGUUUAAAUAUAACUACAGGAUGUAAGUGAGCGCUAUGGUGCUGUCAGUGCAUGUUAAAUGCAUAACAACGCAUGUGAAUAAUCUGGAAAAUUAAUGCGUUUCUAAACAAGUAACAAAAUACAUGGUAAUUUAUCAAUUUAUCAAAGUUUAAUAACAAUGUAUGUUUCUUUUUUAUUGUAUUUCAGUUCUGCCUUGUUUAAUUUGAUGUUUCAUUUGUUUGAUUGAGACAUUUAUUUUCUUAUUUUUUGUAAUUUAUAGUUAUGUCUAUAUACCACAGUGCUAUACUCCCUUUUAUUGAGCACAUCUCUCAGAAUAUAGCUGUUAAAUACAUUAACAUUGUGCUUAAAUAAUAGGUUAAUUCUGUAAUGUCCCUCAGUGUCACUAUUGCACAUGGAACAUUUUUGCAGCUGUAAUUUAAUUAUUCUCAUUAAAUGAGAUUGACUUGAAGUACUGUUGAACUAUACACUUGGAUUGUAUGAAUUAUUAAAUAUAUAUUAAUGUAAUAA